GGGAAAAGGCCACACCUUUUCGCCGAGGUCAUCCCGUAGUACACAGGGCGCAUCUGACUCAGGCCCAUAUUGCGGAGAACAACGUCCGACGAAGCUUCAAGCAUUACUGUCCCACAAUGGAAAGCAUUAUCGCAAAGUAAGAUCCGCAUUCCUGCCGGCCUGUUGGCGGUAACCACAGGUCCAACUCCGUGGUACAAUGUCUGACACGAUCCCACAGCACAUCCUCAUAAUCGGAGCAGGAGAAUUCGGGCUCGCGACAGCACUGUCCUUCCUCUCCAAGCCCACCUACAACUCAAGUAGCAUAACGAUCCUCGAUGGCUCUGCGACCCUCCCCAACCCGUCUGGGUCAUCCGUCGACGCGAAUCGCAUCGUCCGAGCCGACUAUGCCUAUAAACAUUAUGCCCGCCUAGCUCUCGAGGCGCAAGAGCUCUGGCGCGACCAAAGUCCAGAAGGAUGGGGCGGAGAAGGCAGAUACCAUGAGCCAGGGUUUGUCCUAACAGCGGACGCUGACAAAGAUGAGUACCUGAAGAGCUCGCUGGAAAGCGUGCGAAGUUUGGUCCAAGAAGACAACAAGUCCUGGCUCGAUCCGGACAAAGUAUACAAACUGAACAGCCGAGACGAGAUCGGAAAAGCAUCAGGCUAUCAGGACGUCAGUGGGGACCACGGCUACGCAAAUUUCAACUCAGGCUGGGCCAACGCUGAGAAAUGCGUCGCCUAUGCUCUCAAGAGAAUUAUUAAGGAGGGCGGUGACCGAGUGACCAUAAGAAGUGGCACGAAAGUUGAAAGACUGCUGUUCUCCGGCAACAAAUGCAGCGGUGCCGAGCUGCGAGACGGAGAGCAGAUGAAGGCCGACCUGACGAUUCUGGCCGCAGGCGCAUGGAGUCCGAGCCUGGUCGACCUCGAGGGCCGGUGUCUAGCAACGGGGCAGACACUAGCAUUCAUCGACAUAACCGACGAGGAGCAAGCAUCUAUGCGAGACCGACCGACAGUAAUGAAUAUGAGUAACGGGAUGUUCAUCAUUCCUCCGCGCGACAACCUUCUGAAAAUCGCCAGGCACGGCUACGGCUACAGAAAUCUUGUCCAGAUCCCGAAGAGAAAUCUACAACCGGGCCUGGCAAACGGUGAGAUCAAGCCAAAGAGAUACGAAUAUGUCGAUGUCAGCGUGCCCAGGGUCGGAGUGGAAAUCCCACAAGAAGCCCAGGAGGCACUACGCGAUGCACUGCGUGAACUCGUCCCACACAUGGCGGAUCGACCGUUCGUGCGUACGAGGAUAUGCUGGUAUUGCGAUACACCUUCAGGCGACUUCCUCAUAACUUACCACCCACAAUAUAAAUCUCUGUUUCUUGCGACAGGCGGAAGUGGCCAUGGCUUCAAAUUCUUCCCGGUAAUAGGAGACAGGAUCGUCGACGCGAUCGAGAACAAGCUGGACGCCAAACUCGCACAUGAAUGGCGUUGGCGGUGUGAUGCAGAAUUGCAGAAGCUUUACCAGCCCGAAGGCUUUACAGCUUGUGAAGACGGAAGUAGGGCAGGACGAAAGGGAAUGCUGCUUGAUGACGAGAUGGCGAGAGAGGAAAGCAAAUCAGCCGGUGGCAUGCAUCUGCAGUCAUAAUGUCCUAGCCAUAAUAUAAAACAGUUGAAACAGUUAAACACCUACAUUGCCAGU